UUAAAAGUUACUUAUAAACUUGAGAUAAUGAAAAUAAAAUAAUUUAAAUGUGAAAUUCGCCAGAAAUGAUAGUUUAUAGUAGUAUUAUUUUUUUGUAGUAAUAACUUUAAUUUAGUAGUAGUUAUUAAUUUUCAUGUACAAAAAAUAAAAAUUCCUGGACUCCUAAUCUAAUUUUCGGUCCUUUUCUCAUCGGAGAACGUACAUAGAGUUCCUCCGGCCGUCGGUGAACAAUACUGGUAAUGAAUUCGAGAUCAGGAUAUCCGCCGCCUUGGAUGGGCGGCGACGGCGGCGGUAGUAUGCAUCCUAAUGCUAACACUAGUUUUCAACAAAGAAAUCAACAGCAAUAUAUGCAGAGAAGUUCAGUGCCGCAUCAACAACAAUUUCAGAACCAGCAAACACAUCAGUGGAUGAGAAGGAACCAGUUAUCAUCAGAUUCUGCUAUUGAUGACGUUGAAAAGACUGUGCAAUCCGAAAACGGAAGUUCACAAGAUUGGAAGGCUAGGUUGAAGAUACCACCACUUGAUGCUCGAUACAGGACAGAGGAUGUGACAGCAACCAAGGGAAAUGAUUUCGAAGACUAUUUUCUAAAGCGUGAACUGCUUAUGGGAAUUUACGAAAAGGGAUUUGAGAGGCCAUCACCAAUUCAGGAGGAGAGUAUUCCAAUUGUUCUAACAGGAAGUGAUAUUUUGGCGAGGGCCAAGAAUGGAACUGGGAAGACUGCUGCCUUUUGCAUCCCUGCAUUGGAAAAAAUUGAUCAGGACAACAAUGUCAUUCAAGUUAUUAUCCUUGUCCCGACUCGGGAAUUGGCUCUUCAAACAUCUCAAGUUUGCAAAGAACUUGGGAAGCACUUAAAAAUUCAAGUCAUGGUUUCCACUGGGGGGACCAGCUUAAAAGACGACAUAAUGAGACUGUAUCAGCCAGUGCAUUUGCUUGUUGGAACUCAUGGAAGAAUACUUGACCUUGCAAGGAAAGGAGUGUGUGUUUUGAAAGAUUGCUCCAUGCUUGUCAUGGAUGAGGCUGAUAAGCUUCUAUCACCAGAGUUCCUACCUUCCAUUGAGCAGCUGAUCCGCUUCUUGCCUGCCAGUCGGCAGAUAUUAAUGUUUUCCGCUACAUUUCCUGUUACAGUCAAGGCCUUCAAAGAUAGAUACUUGCAGAAGCCUUAUGUUAUCAACCUUAUGGACGAACUUACACUCAAGGGUAUUAGCCAGUUUUAUGCUUUUGUUGAAGAAAGACAGAAACUUCAUUGCCUUAACACUCUGUUCUCGAAGCUUCAAAUAAACCAAUCAAUAAUUUUUUGCAACUCCGUAAAUCGUGUAGAACUUCUUGCCAAGAAGAUCACGGAACUGGGUUAUUCAUGCUUCUAUAUCCAUGCGAAGAUGCUUCAAGAUCAUAGGAACAGGGUUUUUCAUGACUUCCGCAAUGGUGCCUGCAGGAACCUUGUCUGUACUGAUUUGUUUACUAGAGGGAUAGACAUUCAAGCUGUCAAUGUUGUUAUCAACUUUGAUUUCCCAAAGAACUCAGAAACAUAUUUACACAGGGUUGGGCGGUCUGGGAGAUUUGGUCACCUUGGUUUAGCUGUCAACCUAAUUACUUUCGAGGAUCGCUUCAAUUUGUAUAGAAUUGAACAAGAGCUAGGAACUGAGAUUAAGCAAAUUCCGCCACAUAUAGACCAGGCCGUCUAUUGCGGGUAAAAUCAAUCAUUUUCAUGGUCAAUACUGUUCUGGAUGGUGAGUCGUUAAUGACGAGAUGCUUCAUGCACACAGUUUGUCUGAGUUCUGAGCUGAGCUACCCGAGAAUCUAGUUUUUCCAUGCAGACUUGAAUGCAUCUUUCGACAACUUUAAUUGUCCAUUAGUGUUUGUAGUUAGUUUUGCUGGCAUUGAAGAUGGUUGGCACAUCUUGCAUAAGUUAUGAUGUCUUAUUUCUUUGAAUAUCUUCCCCAAACGUAAGGAGAGAGGGUGGGGAGAUAUUUUUUUAACACAUGCUUUCUUGGAAUUGUCAGUAUUUUGUGUUUGAAGAUAUGUGACUCCUGAGAAUCUAAAAGAAUGAGAGACUUCGGUAUUUCAUGGUUGCUGAGAUGACAAAGUGAAUUGUAGAUCUUUGGCUCCUAACUUCCCUUUAGAUGAUGCAGAAAGAAUUUAAUGGAAGAUAACGACACUGGAAGGGUCUGUUCAUUGAUCGACUAUCCUUUGCUGAGCUCUCGGAUCUGUAGUGUGUGGCAUUCAUAGUUGUUUUAUUUCUGUGGCUGUAGAACGAAGCUGUCGAAAUUAUUCUGUUAGUUGUUCCACCUUAUGGUCAUUGACAACAUGGCAUUGACGUAGAGAUUGUCAUGGAGAUGCACCUAUUGUGUCAAACAUGUCGAGUUGUAGAACAAUCUUUAAUGGUGAAAUGAGCUGAGACAUUCAAGUGCAGCUUCAGUAUUUACCAGCUUUUAUAAUUUUAUAGCCUAUUGCCCUGUGUUCAAAGGGGAAUUUCAUCCUU